AUGGCUUACCGUUUUGCUCUAAGCUGUUUCCUUCUGGCUAGCGUUGGCAUCUGCACCGCGACUUUUGGUGGACAUGAACAUGUUCAUAUUCGAGUACAUAUACCUGAAGAGCAUCAUGACGAUCACGGCCACGGCGGCGGACAUGGCGGAGGUGGCGGCGGAGGUGGCGGCGGAGGCUACGGGGGUCACGGUGGAGGUUUAACUGAACACCUUCAUGGAGGCUUCGUAGACCAUCUGAAAGAGCAUGAUCAUGGAGGAGGCGGUGGCUACGGAGGUGGAUUUGGCGGUGGAUUUGGCGGUGGACACGGAGGCCGUGGAGGUGGCCAUGACUUCGGCGGCGGUCAUGAUUUCGGAGGCGGUCAUGACUUUGGCGGCGGCGGCGGCGGCGGCGGCGGUGGCGGCUACGGCGGAGGUCACGAUGGCGGAUUCGGAGGUGGUCAUGAUUUCGGCGGUGGUCACGGAGGCGGCGGUGAUUUUGGCGGUGGCCAUGGUGGACUUGAUAUCGGAGGAGGUCAUGACUCAGGAAGCCACGGCGGUUACGAUCUAGGUGGGGGCGGUGGACAUGGCGGUGGUUUUGGAGGUGGAUUUGGCGGAGGAUUUGGUGGAGGUCAUGGCGGCGGUCAUGGAGGAGGAUUUGGUGGACAUGACUCUGGAUUUGGGGGCGGUCACGGCGGCGGUUUUGGAGGACAUGACGAAGGUUAUGGCGGUGGUCACGGUGGAGGUUUCGGAGGAAACGAUGUUGGUCAUGGAGGAGGGGGAGGAUUUGGAGGACAUGACUCUGGAUUCGGUGGUGGACAUGGCGGUGGUUUCGGCGGAGGACAUGAUAUAGGUGGAGGGCAUGAUGCAGGGUUCGGCGGUGGUUUCGGCGGUGGCCAUGGGGGAGGUUUCGGUGGAUAUGAAGGCGGUCAUGACGACCACGGUGGCGGAUCUAGCCAUGGGUUCUCCGGUGGCGACAGUUACGCAUCAGCUUUGUCCGGGGGUCACGGAUCCGGUGGAUUCGGUGACGGAGGCCACGGAGGAGGACUUGGAGGAGGCCAUGGCGGAGCACUUGGAGGAGGUCAUGGCGGAGGACUUGGAGGAGGCCACGUGGAUACAUAUGCCGUAGUUAGUGUGGAAACACUCGGAGGAGGUGGAGGUGGCGGAGGUGGCGGCCAUGGAGGUUAUUCAGGAGGUGGAGGCGGAGGUGGGUACGGCGGUGGGCACGACCACGGAUCUGGAGGCUUCGGGGGUGGUCACGGAGAUAGCUAUAGCAUAGGCGGAGGCGGAGGUGGAGGUCAUGGCGGGUUCAGUCUAUCAGACCUGGGCCAUGGUGGACAUGGAGGAGGGUUUGGCGAUAGCUACACCAACGCUCUAGGGUCUGGCCACGGUGGAGGUCCCUACCACAAAAGAAAAUGA